CAGACUACUUUCGCGGUCCCUAUGACCUGCGAGGGCUGCGUCCAGGAUAUCUCCUCUCAACUGAAGAAGCUGGAGGGCAUCGACAAGGUCGAGGCAAACCUGAAGGACCAAUUAGUGUUCAUUGAAGGCACCGCGCCACCCAGCUCCAUCGUCUCCGCUAUCCAAGCUACGGGUCGGGAUGCCAUUCUACGAGGAAGCGGGACAUCCAACAACAGUUCCGCGGUGUGCAUCCUGGAAACCCACUCGAACACCGUCUCCAACAAGAUCCGUGGUCUAGCGCGCAUGGUCCAGGUGUCCCCCAACUUGACGCUGGUUGACCUGACGAUCAACGGCCUGGCGCCCGGAAAGUAUCAUGCGACGGUGCGCGAAGCGGGUGAUAUCUCGCAAGGAGCGGCAUCCACGGGAGGCAUCUGGGAGGCCUUAAAAACCAAGGUGCUGGGCUCGGAGCCAACCAAGGAGCCCCGCGGCAUUUUUGGGUCGGUUGAGGUGGACGACAAGGGCCGGGGCAAUGUAUUUUUGGAUCGUCCGGUAGCGGUGUGGGAGAUGAUUGGACGCAGUAUGGUGGUGUCAGCGAGCAGGGAGGGUCCUUUUCGACGAGAGGACCCUGACACUCUAGUUGGAGUGAUUGCUCGUAGCGCGGGGGUGUGGGAUAACGACAAGAUGGUGUGCUCCUGCUCCGGGAAGAAUGUGUGGCAGGAGCGGCAGGAGCAGGUGGCCCAGGGGAUGGUGUGAAGAUGUGGUUGGAGGACUAGACUGGCGUGUCUAUGUAUAGCAAUGGUUUAGAGUGUGCAUAGGAGAGGAUACCCACGAUCGAUCGAUCAGCCUUGCGAUAAGCAAUACGAGCAGCAUGAAUGACGCCGGCUCUUCUGCGGAGAAUAAAUAGAAACCGGGG